CGAUACGAUUCCGAUUUAACAUAAUUUUUAAACCGAGAAAGAAAUUGAAACAUAAAUGAUGAGUUACGACAACAUCAUCUCCAAUAGAAAGCGAGAAGGACGUCGGCAAGCUAGCAAUUUGGGAAGCAAGCAAAAAAAGAGGAAGCCAACCACCAUGAGAAAAGCGCGAUGUUGCAGCGUGGUUUCCAUUCUUGCUGUGCAUGCCGGGCUUUUCGUUACUGCGUCGUGUGGUCUCUGGCGAACGCAGCUCGAAGCACGGCGGCAACAGCAAACACCACGAGCGGGCCUUGCCCUUGCCUUUUCAUUCGUCACCACAAAGAAUCGACGUAGUUGUCACCAUAGCCUGCCAGGUGUGUUCGGGACCAGAAUUUCCUUGCGUGUUUCGAACGGAAGCACCGACAAUGCAAACAGAAUGGGCAACUUUACCAUCAACGGCAGCAAACGAAAAGGGGAAACAGGAACAAAAGAAGACAGAGCAGCUCAUCCCCCCUCGGGUGGAAAUGCGGGACCCAAAGGAGACGGAAUCCGGAGACGGCUGACGAGGAGAACAGCUCGAACUCAAGACAGAAGACAACGAGAGAUGUUGUCAACGUCGUCGUCUUCGUCCGUCGGCCCGAAACCAUCCAGGGGCCCGCGAGCCACACCGGUCGGACGGCGGCAAAGAACGAGGAACAUUGUCGCUGCAGACACUGCUUCGGUACCAACGGCUGCCACGGUCGUCGCCAGCAACGGGGCAAGCAGCGGCAGCGACCAUAAGUCGCCACCACUAGCAUUCGACGCCGAGUCACUGGUGGCGGAGCAAACCUACAACAUGGAGGCACCCCGCCUCGAUUUGAGGGCAACCCUGUCGUCGUCGGGCUCACUGGGUCUUCGGUGCGUUACGACCGGUAUUUCUUGUUCUACCGAAAACCGGAACGCAACUGCCACCCCUGUUCUGUCCGAGAAUCCAAAUCCAAGCGCAAACAUAAAUCCAAACGAAAACGGAACCACCGCGCCCUUGUUCGAGUACAGGUCGCUCGACGACCUUCUCUCCGCUGCAGGGCUCACGGAAACCGAUGCAAUGAGUGAAAAUCUUGGUGGAAACUCGUUUUCUCUCUCCCAGAAAUUCAAUGCCGACGAGGCCUUUCGAACGGAUCUCCGAUCGGCAAUUCGACUGGACAUCUUCGAGACUACCCCCUUCUACGCCAAACUUCCGGAAAAGGCCAAGGCAGUGCUUCUCCUUCCCGAUUCCUCUCUCGAGGGAUCCUGGAGGAUACCCGAUUGCAGCGCAUCGGAUUCAAAAGAGGAAGGCCGCGAUCUCCCCCCGGCGGCGGCUCCUCGCAUGAAGCACACCACGCGCGUCCUGAAUGCCGCCCUGGAGGAACACUACCGCAAAAAUGAGGAGCACGGCGCGAGCCCACACCAGAGCUGCCGUCCUUGGUUGACUGGAGACGACCUGGUCCGGGCCAUCGGAUCGAUCUGCGGGCCCUCCGCGUCGACCCACUGGAUCGACAUCCACGGGGUCCAGAACAAGAAAAUUAACCAUUCCUGGCACCUCGAUGCGGGCGUGUCGCCCGGAAACCGCAGGACGGUCCUGUGGGGGUUCCCUCCCACCAGCGGCUACGAGGGCACCGGCGUCUUUUCGCACCUGGUGCCCCUGGCCGAACCUUUUGACGAGCUCGUGGCUCCAACCGGUUCUGGCGGCACUACUCCCGCUGCGGCGGCGACGACGAUGGAUCCAGUGCUGUUCGAGGGAACAGUGGACGAACGACACGUGGUGCGACCGGUAUAUGCACCGGGCAAGGAACUCCUUGUGUAUCGCGACGUGGACGUCCUGCACUCCGCUCCGGACGUUGCCUACCGUACCUCCGUCAUGAGGUUCAUGUAGUGCAAUGCAUCGCCGACUGUUGUGGUAACAGACAGGGGGGGUACAGCAUGGUUGGCUCGUCCCACCAACCUGCUUCACCAGACGCGGUUGCUGUGCUGAUACAAGCCGGGGGAGCAAACCAUGCCAGUCACGAAACGAUUCCUGCCCGUGCAUUUGGAAUUGCAACAGCCCGGAAUGCGGUUUGUGGGGCAUGGCGUAAAUUUGAAAUGCCUGCGCUAUCUUCCUUUGCUUUUAGAUCAGGGACUAUGAAAAUGAUUU